AUGUCCACACCAACUAAAGCCAUAGCUCAAAGUGAAAAUGAUCAUCGGACUCCACAGAAGUCGUGUUCCGGUAAAUCGACGAAGACAACUCCAUCGACUUCGAAAAGUUUAAAAGCAGUGGAAAAUAUAAUGCACCACACAACGGAUGAAACGGUAUCAUCGUCGGGUACGGAGGGUGGCGAAAGUAUUAUUGAUGUGCUUGUGGAAAAUUCCAGUGAAGAAAAUGUCCAUGAUGUUAGACAUGUGCGACGCUCCGGAAGGGUACCAAGUCCUACGAAGAAAUUUUUAAGUGGUGAUUUUGUGGUGGAACAAAUACCCGGCAGUGGUGGCAAGCAUAAAGAAGCAGAACGUAAACGUCGUACCAAAAAUGAUGAAGUUACCGAUGAUGAUGAUGAGGAUGGCGGCGUUGAGCAAGAGGAAAUUGAAAAUGUGCCUUAUGAUCAAGCGCCGAAGGCCAAAUCGGCAGAUAUUCAGUUGUUGCUUGAUGAGGGAGAUGUGGAGGGCAAGGCUAUGUUUGGUUUUAAUACACCCAAAAAGAAGGGUGCCAUGGCAUUGGCGGCAAUGAACACCCCCAAAGGCCUGGCGACACCUAAAACCCCCAAAACCCCAGGAAGAUUGGGUAAAACACCAGAUGCCAAGAAGUCGAGGAAAUCUACCCUGGAACCUAAAACACCAUCACGUGUUAGGAGUAAAGUGAAAAAUCAGAUUGCCAAAUUGGUACAAGAUGAUUCGGGUACCGAUUUUUCGGGCGAUGAAAGUGAUUUCCAUCCCUCGGGUAGUGAAAGUUCUUCGAGUGAUAAUGAAUCUUCAGGGCCGGACAAUGAAGCUGAUGAUGAACCCAAAACUCCCUGUAAAAGUCGCCGUUCCAUUGUCGUACCAAUUUUACCAAAAACCCCAUCCGCUGCCCGUUUGAGGCAAUCGGCACGUGUAAAGAAAUCUGCCGAUUAUGUACCCGAAAGUGAUGGCUAUUUCCAAUCCCAUUCAAGUGGUAAAAUUCUCACCUCCGAUCACACCUUAGAUCGUUUGAAAACUCCACGUUUGCCGGCCGAUCGUUUAUUUUCUUUGCUAUCUGAAAUGAAAGUUUCCGCCGAACAUGAAGCUUCCAUCAAUGCCAUAAUGGAAGAAUAUAAAUCGUAUUUUCCCAAAUGGUUAUAUAUUCUAAAUGAAGGUUAUAAUUUGAUGCUAUAUGGUCUGGGUUCUAAACGUCAAUUGCUGCAGGCAUUCCAUCGAGAAGUUUUAUCAACGCAACCGGUAUUGGUUAUAAAUGGUUUCUUUCCCAGUCUAACCCUCAAAGAUAUACUUGAUAGUAUAACUAAUGAUAUUUUGGAUGCUGGCAUUAGUCCUGCCAAUCCUCAUGAAGCUGCCGAUAUGAUUGAAGAGGAAUUUGCAUUGAUUCCUCAGACUCACCUAUAUUUAAUUGUACAUAAUUUGGAUGGAGCAAUGUUGAGGAAUGCAAGAUCCCAGGCGAUUUUGUCCAGGUUGGCCAAGGUGCCAAAUAUUCACAUGUUGGCUUCAGUUGAUCACAUAAAUACACCAUUGUUAUGGGAUCAAACGAAAUUAAGUAAUUACAACUUUUCCUGGUGGGAUUGUACCACAAUGUUGCCAUACACAGAUGAAACCUCCUUUGAAAACUCUUUGUUGGUACAAAAUUCUGGAGAAUUGGCUUUGUCCUCGAUGCGUAGUGUAUUCCUAUCACUUACCACCAACAGUCGUGGCAUUUAUAUGAUUAUUGUCAAACAUCAAUUGAAAAACAAAGGCAACCCCAAUUAUCAAGGUAUGCCCUUUAAGGAUUUAUAUUGGAGUUGUCGUGAAGCCUUCUUGGUCAGUUCCGAUUUAGCAUUGAGAGCCCAACUAACCGAAUUUUUAGAUCACAAAUUAGUAAAGUCCAAACGUAGUGUAGAUGGUUCUGAACAACUCACCAUACCCAUCGAUGCACAAUUAUUGCAGCAGUUUUUGGAUGAACAAGAAAAGAAAUAA